ACUGUUAGUUGAGCAGAGGCAUUCAACCAAACAGACUGCAUGGAGUCCUUUGAACUAAAUUUAAUUUUCGUAUUAAGAAUUUGACGUUGCCAACGGUAACGUGUUAUAACCAUUGAGUUGUUUUAUUGCAAUAAAUGUGAGCGCGCGUAACUCGUGUAGUUGAUUGUGAUUACAAUGGCCAAGAAAAUUCCAUUCAAUGUGGUCUUUGCCACAGAUGAAGAUGCCGCUUUUCCGGCCAGCGAGUUAAAUAAUCAUGGACCCACUGUGCACGGCUGGCGCAGUGCCGUGGACAGUGCACUAAGCACCCACGACAUCAUCUUGCGUUUCCAGCAACCUGCCAAAAUCUAUCGCAUACAACUUUUAGCCCACCAGUAUUUGAUACCGGAAAAAGUUGAGCUUUGGCUGCACUACUCGCCCAAGUCGCUGCCCAGCACACCCUCAUCACAGUACUUUGAUUUCCUCGGCUUUGUUGCCCUCGCCGAUAAUGCAAACACCAAUUACAAAUCCCGCGAAUUGCAGAGCGUCACUGUUACGCCCAGACGUGGUACCCACUUGAAAUUGCGACUGUCGGGUGCCCAUUGUAAUGAGUAUAGCAAGAGCGGACAGAUUGCAUUGAUGGCAGUCAAUGUGCUGGGAGAGGAUUUGGAUGCAAUUGCCAUUAGUAUGGGCGAAGAACAGCUACCUAGCGAAUCACCGCCCGUGGACACGGCCACCGGAGAGCUGGCGCUGGCCUCACUCUGUGAUGAUCUUCUCUUCUCUAUGUAUGUGGAGGAGUCAAUUGUCCAGCACAUUCGUGAGCUGGAGCAGCGUAAGCUGCAGGCGGUCAGCUCGGAGCGCUUCGAAUAUGCGCGCAAGCUAAAGUUGUGCAUGACAGCGCUGCGCACAGCAGGUGAACGCCUUGGACGCUAUGCACUGGCCAAGCGACAGGCGGUGCAGCAGGAGGACUUCAGUGCAGCCAAGCUGCGCAAGGAGCAGAUCGAGAUGUAUCGAGCAUGUGUGCUGAAGCAAUUGAAUGUUCAGCAGCUGCUCGAGAGCGAUGGCAUGCUCAGCCAAAACGAUCAGAGUUGUGAGACUUACGCGGCUGGCAAACCGAAUCUACCUCCAGCUCCAAGUCUACAGGAUGUGGCGCAAGCCCUCUCCGACGCACACCUUAAUCCUGGCACAAAGCUAAGCAGUAGCAUCGGCGUCAGUCAGGAUGAGAAACCAGUAAACGAGGUCAGCGGUAGUAGCAGCAAUGCAGAAUGCGUUGGAGCACUAGUCGCCUCGGCUGCUGCACUGCAUCUGCAUGCCAAGUCGCACGAUGAGCUGCCACAAUCGCCACGUCUGCCAAUGGCAUCGCGUCACAGCUCGCCCAUGUCAAGCAGACAGGGAUCGCUGCGACGGCGCAACAAGAGCGCGCCACGCAAUUCCUAUGAGGAUUAUGAGGAACGCGCUAUUCCUACGUUGAGACACUCAAAUACUAAUGAAUUUUUAAGGGAAUGCCAGGGCAAUGCGCUGCUCGAAGCAGACCCAAAUCGAAGUCGUUCACGGCUCAAUGAUCGUGAGCGUCGUCAGGCAGCGUUGCCGAUACUCGUCUUUGGCAGUGAAUUGGUGGAACAGUUCUAUUCCCGUCAAUUUCAGGACCGAGAAGACGGUCUCAUGCGACUGCGCAACUUUCUCAAGGAGCAGGAAGUCCCCAGUGAAGACAGCAAUGAGCAUGCCGCAAGUCCCAACAAGGUGGCACGCAGCGCAGCAUUGCUGCUGCAUCGAGCUGUUCGUGACGCAGUGUACUCCGUGUUUAAUCAGGCCACCGAAACAGUUCGAGUACUGUUCCUUGAAUAUGUGCCCGGCCGUGUUUCUCCCAAUGAGGUGGCACGUUGCGUGGAUCGUCUAUUGCCAGAACUACUUGCCAAAUCAGGCGAUCCCUCGGCGCGUCUGCAUACGCUGGCCCAGCACACAAUACUAAGCAUAGCCGCCUGCCCGCAAGUGGCCGAGCAACAUCUUGUGGCCCCAGCACUCUCACGCAGUGUAGGAUCAGGGACGCAUCAGCGCUUGGCCAUGAGCCGACUGCAGAUGCUGGAGCAGUUGGUGCACACACAAGGCAUUAGCACUGAUAAACAUAGCGGAUUAACGUGUCGCGCUCUCUCCGAUUGCGGCUGCUCCGGCAUUCAUCAUCCCGCAGAACCAGUGCGUAAGGUAGCUGAACGCAUUCUGCUACUUGUCUACAAGGUUAAUCCACGGUUGGUGCGCAAGCAACUGCCACCUGAUGAUGACAUCACACGUCGCAAUCUGUUGUACCGCCAACUCUUUACGGAAUUCGACAAGCUGGAUCUGGAACGCAAACAAGAGCUGCUGGAGGCCAAUAAAUACAGUUCCGGCAAUGAAGCCGAUUCCCUGCAACCGACAACCAGCGCAGAUGCUUCGCGUUUGCUGAAGAGUAAAAGUGGUCAGGUUUUUGGAGGGUCCACGGGCAUAGGAACCGACAAUGGAUAUGUUUCCUGCAAUGGCAAACAACAGUACAAUGAGCAACUGAAGCGCUCAAUGCUGUCAGCCUCAAACUCACGCAAGGGGUCCGUUUCGAACUCAGAAUCCACCGACGACACAACCCCUAAAAUAAGUUGUCCAUUCUGUGGUUGGUGCUGCCUUGGCAGCGACACUAGUCAAUUGGAUCGUCAUUACUGGAAGACUUGUCCUUUUCUCACUAAGUGCCCACAAUGCAGUCAAGUGCUGGAGGUUGCUGCGCUUAACUAUCACUUAACUAUGGAGUGUGAUGCGAAGGAUAAUUAUGUGGUCUGUACACGAUGCACAGAAUCAGUCCAUAAACAGCUCUAUGAGCUGCAUCAAAUGGAGGACUUUUGUCGUGAACUGAAAACAGGAGCCGCUCGUUGUCCUCUGUGCCACGAUGAUGUAAAUUUGCCUUUAGAUGGGGGAUGGAAAUUACACCUCUUGAGUGCCGGUGGUUGUCCAGGCAAUAUUCGCAAACGAAAUUUAAAAAAAUCAAACUGA